GGAACGUAGAACUUACUUGCUUACGUGUUUGUUGUUUCAUUGGAUUUUUUAAUGAUGCUGUUUUUUUUGUCAAAAUGAAGAUAAACACGUUUGUGUUAUGUGUGUACAGUUAAUACACACCUGUAGGUGUGUGUGUGGAGUAGGUUGCAUUGGUUAGCCGGUGAUUGACUGACUUUUUAUGUAUAUGUUGGUGGGUGUCUACGAUACAUACACGAUACGUGUCAGAUAAGUCAUUGACUUAAAAUUUAUUUAACUUGGUGCGAUAAUAAUAAAUGAGAAACCAUGAAAUAUAAUUUGGUUUCUGUUAUACUGGUGCUAACAUUCAGUGUUUCUUGUAAAUCAUCACUAUUUGAUAGUGAUUCUUGCUACUCAUUCGGCAGCGGCAAUGUUUUCCCCGGCGGCGCAAGGAAAGUUGAUCACAAACUACAAUUUACAAAGGCAAUGAUUUCAAAACCGGCUCCUGAAUGGGAAGCAACUGCGGUAGUUAACGGCGAAAUCACGCAACUUUCAUUGUCAAGCUUUAAAGGAAAAUACCUAGUAUUCUUUUUUUACCCUCUGGACUUCACUUUUGUUUGCCCUACAGAAAUAUUAGCUUUUUCUGAGAGAGUAGAAGAAUUUAGAAAAAUUAACACAGAAGUAGUGGCAUGCUCUGUUGAUUCCCAUUUCACACAUCUUGCCUGGAUUAACACGCCACGCAAGGAAGGUGGCCUAGGAAAAAUUAACAUACCGCUCCUUAGUGACUUAACUCACUCCAUCGCCAAAGAUUAUGGUGUUUACUUAGAAGACUUAGGCCAUACUUUGAGAGGAUUAUUCAUUAUUGAUGACAAAGGUGUUUUGAGACAGAUCACAAUGAAUGAUUUACCCGUAGGGCGAUCAGUUGAUGAAACUUUACGACUGGUGCAAGCAUUCCAGUAUACAGAUAAGCAUGGUGAAGUAUGCCCUGCUGGCUGGAAACCAGGGCAAGAUACGAUUAUUCCAAACCCUGAUGAAAAGAAGAAAUACUUUGAAAAGGUGGCGAAAAAUUAGUUAUUCGGGUUAAAUACUGUUGUGAAGCUAUGUCAACGCACAAUAAAUCAACAUGGAACUGCUGCCACCAGAUGAACUGCUCCAGAAUGACAAGAAAAACAUAAUUUUUGGGAAGAAAUGCUGUAAAAUCCAAACACUUCAUUCUUACGUCAACUUUUAUAUGAUCAUGGAUUAGGUAUAUAAAAUUAGGUUGUCUGACAAACAGGAUAUACUUAGUUGAAAGUUUAUCAAGUUAUUGUCUGACAAAGAAAUUAAUAUUAAAUAUAAAUCAGACAUUUACACUUUAACAUUUUAUCACAAGGAUAGAAAUACUCAGUUUUAAUAACUGACUGCUUAAAACUACACUUUUGUGUUACUUAAUAUACAUAAGAAAUUAGGUUUACAGCUGCUAAAAUGCAAAAAAUUAACGUAAUGGUACGUACAAAUUAUCGUUUAACUAUUCAAUUUAAUAUUUAUGUCAAUAAAUCACCAACAAUGUUACUUUAACAUCACUAAGUACAAGACUGAUUAAUGUGAAGUAAAAACUUUUUUAUCGAUCAUUAUUACUUAAUUGUCAGGUGUAUAACCAAACGCCUUAUAAUUAUUUUUUGUAAAUUUUAAUACACAGUGUUUUUUAAAUAAACUCUAACUAAAAAUCAUA